AAAAGCCUGAGACGAGUUAUUCAGGCCUGCGGGCUUAGACUCCAAGCUCAUUCCAGCCUAAAGGGUCAAAGUUCCUUCCUUCUUUCAAACUAGGGUUUUAUAUUAAAUUCAGCGUCUCUCUAAAACCCUAAACAAGGGCAAAAGCUUACGAAAGUGGCAUUGAUUUCUUCUCUAAUCGUCACAAACAAGCAAAAAGAUGAGAACUUUAGACGAGGCUGAAAUGAAUGCUGUUUUCAAAAAGCUCUAUGCUUUCACUGGCAGUAAUCUAAAGAACAUAGUCGAUAACCCGUCUCACGAAGGACCUGACUCGAGCCCAGGUCGGUACUGCUUCAGGCUCCACAAAAACCGGGUAUACUAUGUGAGUGAAUCUUUAGUGAAGCGAGCAACAAAUAUAAGCCGCAAGAAUUUAGCUUCACUUGGUACUUGCAUAGGCAAAUUCACACAUGGGGGUAGCUUUCAUUUAACAAUUCAAGCAUUGAAUUUAUUGGCUGCUAAUGCUAAACAUAAAGUUUGGCUAAAACCCACAUCAGAAAUGUCGUUUUUGUAUGGGAAUCAUGUUUUGAAAGGUGGGUUGGGAAGGAUUACUGAUACUAUUUCAAAAAAUGAUGGGGUGGUUGUGUUUUCUAUGUCUGAUGUGCCUUUAGGGUUUGGAUCUGCUGCAAGGUCGACUCAGGAAUGCAGGAAAUUGGAUCCUAAUGGAAUUGUUGUUCAUCAUCAGGCUGAUAUCGGUGAAUAUCUGAGAAUGGAAGAUGAACUUUGAGAGAGAGAGAGAGAAGGUCCUUUGGGGGGCGGGGGUUUAGAGGGUCCUUUGGGGAUGUGUUGUUGUUGGUUUGUAGAGACAUGCUAGUUAAUGUGUAAGUGUCUUAUAUUUAACUUUUAAGUAAUAUGAGGUUUUGUAUGAUUUUUAUGGGAAUUUAAUCAAAUGUGCUUUCAUGUACUUGUUUGA